AUGCGCUUGCGAGGAAGCGUUGAGGAAUAUUUGAAGAAUUCCACGUUGCAUGGGGCACGCUUUAUAGUAGAUGAAGAUGCCAGCUGGUUGGAGCGCAUAUUUUGGAUCAUUUGUUUGAUCGUCUCAUGGUAUGCCUCCUGGUUGCUUAUCAAAGCAUCGUUGGCUGCUUUUGAGAACAACGCGAUUAGCUUUGUGGUGGAGAGUUCUUAUCGUGAUUGGGAUUCCAAUUUCCCGGCCAUUAUAGUUUGUGAAUCGAAGAAUAUGGAUCGCAUACAGGAAGUAGCCGAACAGCUCUGGGGAGCCGAUCAUGAUUUUACCUUGGAGGAAGUACUCAGCGAGAUUGCCUUCUUUCGUGGCGAGUCCUAUCACACUGUGCACGAGUGCAGCGGGGAGGAAUCCACAGCUUCAUGUUUCUACUCGAAUUUCUCGUAUUACGCCCAGCUGGUUAGGAGCAGCUGUGUGGACUCCAUUAAGAGCUGUCAGUGGAAUAAAUCACCCUUUGACUGCUGCAGAUAUUUUCAACGCAUGGAAACGGAACUGGGAAUAUGCUAUGCCAUCAACUCAAUGCAGGCGGGAAAGCACAAAGGUCCAAAAUUGAAUAUGUACUCCAAUCGCUAUACGGGUCCUGGAUCUUUGACAAUGGAGCUACACACAGAGGCAACGGUUUUCAUUCUGGGUACUGAGGAGGUGCCCACUUUGGUAACACCAAAAACUGAUUUUUUCGUUGUGGGUCCCUACAUAUCGUUUGUUCGAUUUGUAUCCAAGCGUGAUAUUGAGAACGAUGAGGAGAUCCGGCAGACGAGCGUCCAACAGCGCAACUGUCGUUUUCCGGAUGAGAAUAUUCUGGAUGUGCAUCACUAUUAUAGUUACAGCGCCUGUACGGUGCAGUGCCGCAAGGAUAGGCAAAUGGAGUUGUGCAAUUGCUCUAGCCAUCUGACACCUAACUCACCCGACUGGCAGCUAUGUAACAUGGAUGGAUUGGAGUGUCUAAAUCGCAAUUACGAGGAUCUCUCCGUGAUCAUUGCCAAAUGGUCACGUCGACGUGGCCGCAAAGGACUCGUCUGCGAUUGCCUGCCCUCCUGUACGGAGGUGGACAUCACAACCGUCUUUGACAGCAAGGAUAACAUUUAUGGACACCAGAAUCCAAUCUCUAAAAUAGAAGUGGCACUCAUUGAUCUGCCAACGGAACGUUACAAGCGUAACUUGGUAAGAGGCAAAUUGGAUCUCGUAGUAUCCAUUGGUGGCACAACGGUUCUGUUUGUGGGCGCCAGCUUGCUGAGUUUUGUGGAGAUCAUAUACUACAUGACCAUACGACCCUAUACCACCUACAUGCACGAGAAACAACGCCUGAAGAGACUCAGUCAGCUUAAAAUCGAAAACUAAAAUCGAUGUUUUAUUAAC